AUGCAUCGGGGAAGAGGCGGCUACAGAGGCGGCCGUGGUGGAUACAGCAAUGCAAACUCCAACAUGCAGAGAGCUAACGAAUAUGCAAACCAGAACAUGAUCAGCGUGGAAAUUCAAGGCUGGAACAAUGCUCCACCGCAAGAUGUGGUCAACUUCUUAUCACGGAAGGUCCGUAUUGGUGUUCAGAACGCAACUCCAGAUGCAACUGGUAGGAUAUUGGUUGGUCAGGUGAGAACUAUGAAGGAGGCAAACGAAUUGGUGAAAUGUUCCGGAAUGAAGUUUGCAGGAGGGACCUUGCUAAUACGGAUUGCCGAUGAUUUGGGCGUGGCAAACAACAGCAGCAAUCCGACUUCGAGGGUCAACACAAUAGAGCUUUUGAAGGGGUUCUUGAUGAGCAGGUAUGAUCCCUCGAUCAAGAUGUUGAACUUACAAAGCGUGAACCAAGAUCAAACCUUGGUAAGUAAUGGUUUGUUUUCCAAUGCAAACACGUCUUCUAAAUUCUUCCCUGCCUUGAUGAAGGUUGCAGAGAAGGAAAAACUGGAAGUAGAAUCCGUCAAUUUGAGCGGGAACAAUAUUGACGAUCAUUCCAGGUGGUUACAUGAAUUGUCGUUGAGUUUCCCCAACAUCAAAAAUAUUGCAUUGCCAAAUAACAACAUCAAAAGAAUUGACUUUUUUGAUAAACUAAAGAACAAAUUUAACAUGCUAAGGGAGUUGAUUAUUGUGGGUAACCCUUUGGCCCAAGAUAUGGGCGCAAUACAGAAACUCAUAUCAUUUUUCCCUCGUUUGGUGAUGAUCGAUGGUAACCAGGUCAGGGAUGAAUCAAAGUUGGAAAAGAUUCUUUCCUUUCCUAUAAAAUCGGUUAAUAUGUUUUUCGAAAAUGGCGACUUGUCCAAAAUAGCCACAAAUUUUUUAGCCUCAUACUUCAAUUUUUGGGAUAGCAAUAGAAUGGAACUGAUGCCAUUAUAUUCACCACAAUCUAAAUUUUCCUAUCAAUGCGAUUCUUCUGUGAUAACUGAUUUCUCUGCAAACUCUUCAACAGAUUUAUGGAAUAAUUACACUCCACAUUCAAGAAAUUUGAAGAAAAUCUCAAAUGAGAAGACCAGAAACUCCAGGGUGUCUAUUGGGCCAGAAAUGAUACUACAAGCAUUUUCUUGCCUUCCCAAGUCGAAGCAUAGUCUCACAUCUGAUCCUGAUAGCUAUGCAAUAGAAACAGUUUCGUUUCCUUCCUUGAACGGUAUGAUGAUCACAAUCCAUGGUGAUUUUGAAGAAGUGGCUCAAGCAGAUCAACAAUUCCCUGAGUCUAAUUCACAAUCAAAUAAUCGAGGUUACGGGAAAAAUAGAUAUGGAAAUCGUAAUAAUUAUAGUUCCAGAAAAGGUAUUUUGGAAAAGAGAGGUUUUGAUAGAGUUUUUGUUGUUGUUCCAGGCCCAAGUGGUAAUUUCAUAGUUGCAUCAGACAUGUUGUGUGUCAAACAGUACUCAGAUAAAAAACCAUGGAUGGCUGGUAAAUCUACUCUUAAUCCUAUAUCGUUGCCUACCACCCAAACAAACAUUCCAGCUCCCGUCGUUAACAAUGGAUCAGUUAAUACAUGUAUCUCUGCACCACUCCCGGGAAGUGCGUCUAUGCAACUCCCUCCUGAUGUGGAAAGCAGGUUGAAUCCACUCCAAAAAGAAUUGGUGAUCAAAGUCCAACAGGAAACCAGGUUAAAGUUGGAGUUCGUGCUGAUGCUUUGUGAACAAUCAAACUGGGAUUAUAACACAGCCGGCCAAAAUUUUGUGAAUAGUAAAGGUCAGAUCCCACCAGACGCUUACCUUUAG